UAUUUUUUUCCCUUUGCACCUGCCAAGUAGGCACAGUUGGUUACUUUCGCAAAGGAAGAUUCUACAGAAACUGGGGGACUUGGCUGCUUAAGUCAGUUUUCUAAGCUCCCUUUCAAGCAGUGUGGUUCUCUUGAAUUAUGCCCCCUCUGGAGUUUGCGGGGAAACUAAACUGAUUCCCUCAAAGUCAUCAAAAUUUCCCUGGAAAGCGUGCAUCUGGAUCCAGGCUGGUGUGGAUGUGCUGGCCUGUGUAUCUGUCUAUCCCCAGCAGUGAUGGCAAAGACACAUUUUCAAGAUGACUUUCUGCCUAGCUGCUUCAUCAUCCUCAUCUUCCUGCAGCUGCUGCCCGCUGUCAUACAUGGAAACGGAAAUACCAGUUUUGAAGUCAUUGGACCUGAUGACGCUAUUCUGGCCAUGCUGGGGGAAGACACAGAGUUAUCAUGCCAUCUGUCCCCCAGUAUCAGUGCCAAGGACAUGGAGUUGAGAUGGUACAGGGACAACUUCUCCGACGCCGUAUUUGUGUAUGAGAAAGGGGAGGAUGUGUACGAAGAGCAGAUGGAAGAGUACCAAGGAAGAACAACUUUUGUGAGAGACUACAUCACCAAGGGCAAAGCUGCAGUGAGGAUACACAAUGUCACCGUGUUUGAUAAUGGGACAUAUCGUUGCUAUUUCAAAGGCGGCACGUACAAUAGGGAAGCCACACUGCAGCUGAAGGUGGCAGGACAGGGCUUACCACCCAGAGUCAGAUUGAGAGGUGACAAGGAUGAAAGUGUCCAGGCAGAGUGCACCUCAGCUGGCUGGUACCCUCAGCCCCAGGUGGAGUGGAGAGAUUUCAGGGGAAACACAAUAGCUUCUGUGACCAAUCUGUCUGUGUCGGCUACAAGUGGGCUCUUUGCUGUGGUAUCCAGUGUGGUGGUCAAGCACAGGGCUACGGAAGGCCUCUCUUGCUCCAUUGCCAACCCCCUUCUCCCUGAGAUUAAAGUAACUGCGAGCCAUCUACCAGCUUUCUUCUCUGGAAGGUCCUGGCCCACGGUGUGGAGAAUAUCCUUGCCUCUGAUCCUUGUGGCACUGGGAGUUGUAGUAGCUGGAGCCAUCUGCGUAUUCUGGAAAAAGAAAAGGGACAUAGAAGAGGAGCAGCAAGAUAGCAGCGACAACGGUGGGCAGGGAAAAAGGGACAUAUGUGCUGUGUAUACAUGUGUGCUCAUGUAUGUGCAUGCAUGUGAGCAUGUGUGCACAUGUGCAUGUGUGCAUGCAUGUGUGUCUGUGUCUGUAUUCCCUUGCGUUCCAGAGUGCAGAAAUGCUCUGUUAUAUGCCAAUGAGUCACAGCCACAUCCUUGUGAAAAUCAAGCUUUGGCUGCCCUGAGAGACCUUAGCUCCUUCUUUUUUAUUUUCUGA